GCGGCGGAAGAGGAGGUGCAGGAUGCCGCUGCGGGCCCCGACGUGGGAGCCGCGGGGGACGCGCCAGCCCUGGCCCUCAACAAGGACGGAGACGCCGGCGUGGGCAGCGGCCACUGGGAGCUGAGGUUGGACUCUGCUUGUGGCCCCAGUGCUAGUCCACAGCCAGAGUGCAUGGCAGUGGCCAGAGGCAGGGCCAGCUGGGCGAACUUCUCCUGACUCUGAUGUGCCUUCCUGCUCCCUGGACUUCCUCUUGCCCAGCAUUGGUGUUGGCUGAGGUGCCAUCGCCUGCAGGAUUCUUUGUUCAGCUCUGACAGUGGCUUCAGCAACUACCGUGGCAUCCUGAACUGGUGUGUGGUGAUGCUGAUCUUGAGCAAUGCCCGGUUAUUUCUGGAGAACCUCAUCAAGUAUGGCAUCCUGGUGGACCCCAUCCAGGUGGUAUCUCUGUUCCUGAAGGAUCCCUACAGCUGGCCUGCCCCAUGCCUGGUUAUUGUGGCCAAUGUCUUCGCUGUGGCCGGGUUCCAGAUUGAGAAGCGCCUGGCGGUGGGUGUCCUGACGGAGCAGGUGGGGCUGCUGCUACAUGCGACCAACCUGGCCACCAUUCUGUGCUUCCCAGCGGCUGUGGCCUUGCUGGUCGAGUCCAUCACUCCAGUGGGCUCCCUGCUGGCGCUGAUGGUGCACACCAUCCUCUUCCUCAAGCUCUUUUCCUACCGAGAUGUCAACUUGUGGUGCCGCAGGGCCAGGGCCAAGACUGCCUCUGCAGGGAAGAAGGCCAGCAGCGCUACUGCCCUGCACACUGUGAGCUACCCAGACAACCUGACCUACUGUGAUCUCUACUACUUCCUCUUCGCCCCCACCUUGUGUUACGAGCUCAACUAUCCCCGCUCUCCCCGAAUCCGGAAGCGCUUUCUGCUGCGACGGCUCCUUGAGAUGCUGUUUUUCACCCAGCUCCAGGUGGGGCUGAUCCAGCAGUGGAUGGUCCCUACCAUCCAGAACUCCAUGAAGCCCUUCAAGGUGAGUGGCUCAGGUGCUCCUGUGGCUGGGGUGGCUGGGGAGAACAGCUGGCUGAAGGGCUUGUUUCUGCAGGACAUGGACUAUUCACGCAUCAUCGAACGCCUCCUGAAGCUGGCGGUCCCCAACCACCUUAUCUGGCUGGUUUUCUUCUACUGGCUCUUCCACUCCUCCAUGAAUGCUGUGGCUGAGCUCAUGCAGUUUGGAGACCGGGAGUUCUACCGGGAUUGGUGGAAUUCCGAGUCUGUCACCUACUUCUGGCAGAAUUGGAACAUCCCUGUACACAAGUGGUGCCUCAGACAUUUCUACAAGCCCAUGCUUCGAAGGGGCAGCAACAGGUGGAUGGCCAAGACAGGGGUGUUCCUGGCCUCAGCCUUCUUCCACGAGUACCUGGUGAGCAUCCCUCUGCGAAUGUUCCGCCUUUGGGCAUUCACAGGCAUGAUGGCUCAGGUCCCACUGGCCUGGUUCGUGGGCCGCUUUUUCCAGGGCAACUAUGGCAAUGCGGCUGUGUGGGUGACACUCAUCAUUGGACAGCCAAUAGUCGUGCUCAUGUACGUCCAUGACUACUACGUGCUCAACUAUGAGGCCCCAGCAGUAGGGGCCUGAGCUGCACCCACGCGCCUGGCUUCUCACUGCCACCUCACACCUGCGGCCAGAGCCAGCCUCUCUUCCUGGGCCUCGAGUGCUAGGGACAGGCCUGGCUGCACAGUACCCUCCUCCUGCCCCAGGGAGACCUCUCUGCCCCUAUGGGGCUCUGUCCUGCACCCCUCAGGGAUGGCGACAGCAGGCUGGAGCCAGCUGGGAGCCUUGCUGACCCUGCCCCCGGGGUCUGAUGGUGUCAAUAAAGUGCUGUCCAGUCACCUCUUCAGCCUGCUAGGAGCCUGAGGACCGGUGGGAGGUAUGGCCAUACCCACAGGCGCAAGUGCCAGGGCCACAUGGACAGCUACUCCAGGGGCCAGGAGGUCUGUUGUUCUCCAAGCUACCUUGUGUGCCUGUGUGGGCCUCAGGGCCCCAGGACUUGCUGGGAGAGGCAGCUCCACUGCAGCAGGGUGGGCCUGGCCGGUAGGGGGAGUGCAAGGUCAGGCAGACGUCUCCCUUCCCUGCACUCCCCCUUAGAAAAGCUCAGCUCAGGCCUCCUGUCCUGGCACUACCUCUGCUGGAUAUGGGGGAAUCGCACCCUGGCCCUGGCUGCAGGAUGAGCCUGCCUGGCCAACUUGGAUCCACCAUGCUCAACCUCCGCUUGGGAAGAGGUGGCCCUGGGCUUGUUGGAAGUGGGCCCCAGCCAGGGUGGCCCAGGGAUGGGCAGUCCCUAGGGCCUUUCUGGCAUGUGUCUGGUGAGCUGAGAGGCUGUGGUGCACAACGGCUGUGUCCAUGGUCAUUCACCUUGGGGCAGGGCCACCCCUGGUCCCCAGGCCUUCCUUGCCCUCUGCACUCCUGGCACCAGGCUGGGCAGUGUAACAGUGCAGCCUUGCAGCCUUCCUGAUUGCAGAGAUAUCAGGGGUAACCCCAGGGUCCUGCUGCUGUCUUACCUUGCUGGGGUGACUACCUGAUUAAAGAUCUCAAAACUA